AGAGAGAGGUGAGAAGAGGACAGGGAGCGCCGCCUGCCCACACAUGAUGUGGUUGACUCUUGUUUACAGUUGCACCGGUGGAGCAGCUCUCCUGUAUGCUCUGUACAGAUGGGUGAUCCCCACCGCUGUGCAGUAUCAUGGAGGACUGGCGCUGAUUUGGCAUGAUGUCAUUGUGGAGCCAAUGCUGGACACGCUGACCCAGUCCACACGUCCUCAGCGCCUCCUGAGUGCAGUACAGAAGAACGCCACUAGAGGAGACCCUCGCAGCGUGGUCCAAGCCAUUGAUCAGUUCUGCAGACAUAAGGAGUGGGCCAUGAAUGUGGGGGAUGAGAAAGGCUGCAUUCUUGACUCAGUAGUGUCUGAGGUAAACCCAGCCACUGUGUUAGAGCUGGGAACUUACUGUGGCUACUCCACGGUGCGGAUAGCCAGCCUGCUUCCCCCUCAUGCCAAGCUCAUCACGCUUGAAUUUAACCCAAACUAUGCUUCUAUUGCUCGUCAAGUCAUUGCUUGGGCAGGCCUAGAGGACAAGGUGCAGUUAGUCGAAGGAGCAUCUGGUGACUGGAUUCCAAAAAUGAAGGAGCAGUUUGGGGUGAAAACAUUUGAUUUGGUUUUCCUGGAUCACUGGAAGGACCGUUACCUUCCUGACACAAAGUUGAUAGAGGAGUGUGGCCUCCUCACGAAAGGGAGCGUCCUGCUGGCUGACAAUGUCAUCUGCCCUGGAACUCCUGAUUACCUGGAGUACAUCCGUAGCAGCCCGCAGUAUGAAAGCCAGUACUUUAAAUCUCACCUGGAGUACACCAAAGUGGAGGAUGGCUUGGAGAAGUCUGUCUUCUUAGGGUAGUUUCUAACAAAAAAGUGUCAUGUAUUACACAGGUACCAAUACAUCUGUAGACCUUUACUGUCUUGGGUUGACUGUGCAGGCUUUCCUGAUAUCAUGGGCAAGAGUUAAUUUUUUUAGCUUGG